AUGAAUAUCAAUUUAUCUAAUUCGAUUAUAUUUAAUAUAAUCGUAUUAUUCCUCCUAUGUUCCUCGGUAAAAAGUUCAACAUCGUGUUCAAUAUUUCCAUCGUUGAAUUGUUCGUGUUUUCAAUCGAACCUUGACUUAACAUCAACAUUGCCAAUCAAAACUUACUCGCAUUUAUAUUGUCAGGGAACUUCGUUGGAUCAAAAUACAUUUCAAUCUCCUUUCGGAUUAGAUUUUAAACAUCAGAAUCGAUUUCGAACGGUUUCAAUUCAAUUUUUUCUUAAACAAAAAGUCGAAAUCAUUACGAAUCAAUUCGAUGCACUGGCAAUGUUGUUUUCAUUGACAGAAAGUAGUGCCCAAAUUGAAGUUACCCUUCAUUUCAAUGGUUUUCAACGAAUUAAAUUUCAUCCUCAAGCUAUCACAUCGAAUAUUUUCCAAAGAAAACAUCAGAAUACUCGACUGAAGUUGCAUUUUAUUCCUGAAACAAACUCGAAUCAACUCUUCACCGGUGAAGAUAAUUCCAUGAACAACAAUGAACAAUUUCAGUUUUCGCAAAAUCCAUUUGGUGGUCUGACUGUUUCACAAUUAAAAAUGCAUAUCCAUACAUUACACAAUCGUUUUUCAUCCUCGUCUUCAUUUGAAGAUGUUUUCAAUAAUACGAAUAUUGGCGAACUUCACUUUGACGGAUCAAUCAUUCCUCCAGAUCAAUCGCAGCCUUCCAAAUCAUUCAAAGGCUUUGUGAGAUCAUUAACACUUCAUCGACAUGUUGAUACAAUCGAUGCAACUGAAUUUCCGCAUUAUUCACAUGUUUUAUCUUAUAAUAUUCAUUCGAUCGAAGCACAUUCAAUCGAUCUCCAGUCAUUUAUUCCUUUAUACAAUAACUUACGUGGAUUGGAUUUGACUAAACCGCGUUUCGAAGUGUCAAUCGAUAAAAUAAUUCCAACCUUAGAUUCUCUAUCAUUAGAUAUUGAAUAUUUCAAUGAACGAACAUUACUCGCCGCUCGACAUAUUCAUUAUUUGAAAUUCGGUCCAAGUCUACGUCGAAUUCAUCCCCAAGUGUUACGUUCAUUACCGAUUCGUUUGAGACUUUUCGAUUUAGCCGACAUAAAUUUAUCGGAAAUGACAACUGAUUCUCUUUGUUCAUUAAUCGAAUUUCUGUACAGAAAUUCGCAACGUUUACUAAACAUAAUUUUUCCUCGAACAGAAACAUUAACCGAAUGUAAUUGUGCUCGACUUAUUCUUGAUGAUAUUCAAUCAAAUCAUAUUCACAAAAACCAUCCCGCACAAGAAUCUACUUGUUCGAAACAAUGUCGAUUUAGUGUUUGUCCAAUAAUCAGUGAACAUUUUCGUGAGAAAUAUCCAUUAAUUAUCAAUAAUCAACGAGGAAUUGGUAAUUUACAUGAUGAUUUACCAUCGGUCGAUCUAUUUUCUGACCCAAGUGACAUGGCUCUAAUGAGUUUUCUUGUGAAUCAAUCAAAUAAUGAACAAACAGAUCGUAGUGAAAGUCAAUUCGCAUCAAGUGCAUCUCAAAUUAACUCUCAACAUUCGGAUGAUGUGCCCUUUUCUCACAUAACUCAUGGCAGUAAAAACAAACAAAAUAAAUCGAAAACAACGGAUUAUUUUUCGUGGAUGACACUUCUGACUGGUAUUAUGAUUGUCUUAUUCAUCGUUAUUAUUAUUAUGAGUAUCGUAUUUUUUGUUCGAAGACAUAGAAAACAGAAUCAAUUUAUCGCUGUACCUGUUUAUAUGUAG